AUGGAAGAAGAUCAACUACAAGAUUGUCGGAGGUGCACCUUUGAAAUACAAGCUUCACCAUCCUAUCGUACAGUCGAACAAGAGGUUAAAGGUGAGAUUAGUCAAAUAUUAGAAGAAUUCAAUGGAAAUACCAUGGAAACCCAAACCCUACCACCCCCACAGGAGGAAAUGGAAGAGCAAGCUUCAGUAUGGUCUCAAUAUGAAGAGGUAGCAUGGAUCCUGAGGUUUGACAGAUCCUAUUCCAAGAAAGGGGCAGGAAUUGGUUUUAAGUUAACCAGUCCUGAUGGGGAGAUGUUUCUCAUAGCUCGUCAACUCCAAUUCCCCUACACCAACAAUGUAGCUGAGUAUGAGUUGCUAGUUCAUGGAUUAUUGUUCGCCAUAAGUAAGGGAGCUAAAAUGGUACAAGCCUAUGGUGAUUCAGAGAUAGUGGUCAAGCAAGUGAGAAAGAAAUAUGUUUGCCAUGAUAAGAGGUUGUCCCAUUAUUGUAACAAAGUUUGGGAUCUUUUGGAAAGCUUUGAUGCCAUCAACAUCCGGUCAGUAGGGCGAGUAGAUAACCAAAUUGCGAACACGUUAGCUCAAGCAGCCAGUUCACUGGAACCUCUUACCAUAGGAAACAUGGAUCAUCUGUCCAUAGAGUUGUCACUGAAUCCCUUAAUCCCAAAUAACAUCACAAAUUUUCAAGUAUUUGAAGACAAUGGUCAAAUCCAAGAAUCCUUAACAAGCUUAGACAUAUUUAUAGCCCAAAUGAUUGAUGAGGAGGAAAUAAAAGAAGAAGCAGAAUUGGAUGAUGACAGAGUUUUGAACUUGAAAAAAAAUUUCAUCCCUAAAGGAAUGAUACAGUUGGAAAUAAUGUAUGAUCAAGACCAAAUUAAUGAGAUGAAACGUUAG